AUGCCGCCUUUUACGACUCAUCCGCGGAAUGAUCCAUAUGGACAAAGCUGCCAGAUUACGGUGAAGAAGAAAUUCAACACAUUCAAUCAAGCUGCCUGUGAUGAGCUUAGACGAUCAAUAAUUUUCGAUGGAACUGAUAAUAUGGAGGUUCUCGUGGAAGAGAUGGGACUAAAUGCCGAAAGCAAGAAGAUUAAUUUGCGCGAAGAUAAACAUAGAUUGAAGAAGUCCAUCAAGGAGAAGGAGGAAAAGACCAAGCAAAGCAUGGAACUGGACGCGACGGUGCCAGGAGUACCGUCGAACGGGGCUACCCCCGCACCUGCGGAUGCUUACUGGGCCACAACAUCUGGCUACAGCAUCCGGGGCUGGUGUCCUUCACACUUUGCCACAGUUCGCCAGUGCACUCCUGGCGCCGAAUCAUCCAGUCCCAUCUGCCUCCUCCUAUCAUUUAGUACAUAG